GUGGGGAGCGGGAAGGGGGUUCUGGAAGGACAGCGCUCAGCCCCCUCCGGGGACCCGCACGCCUCCUCGACCCGCCCCCCCGCUCCCCCCCGCCUUUCUUCACUGAGAGCGGUUCCCCCAGGGUGCCCAGGGACUUCCGGAGCGCUACCGGAACCGGAAACCUCGGGAGUGAGGGGGUGGAGCUGGAAAAAAUCAAAAAAAAGAAGCGCGGCGAGAGCUGGCGGCCGGAGCGGGCGGGCGGCGGCAGCGCCCAUGGACUCCACCGCCUGCCUGAAGUCUCUGCUGCUGACCAUCAGCCAGUACAAAGCGGUUAAGUCGGAGGCGAAUGCCACCCAGCUUUUGCGGCACUUGGAGCAUCUGUUAACAUAAAAUUGGACAUAACUUUAAGAUCUAUUUGUUAUAGUAACUCUGUGAUAUAAAGGCUAAGUUACCAAAGAUUGGCAAGAUACGUACUACAGAGAGAAGACAGUCAUGAAUCCUAUGGCAACAUCAAUCUUUGGUGAUACUGGGAUGCAUUAAAUAUGCCUCUGUUUUCUCCAGCCUCACUGAUGCUCCUUCUUUGGACUUCAGGUAAUUUCUGGGCAGAAGCUCACACGAUUGUUUACACCAAAUCAAAUAUUACCAAGUGAAUGCUUAAGUUGCCUUGUGGAACUACUUGAAGACCCAAGCAUAAGUGCACCACUGCUCUUAAGUAUCAUCAGCUUGCUAUCUCAACUCGAUCAGAAUUGACGUGCAUUCAACUUCUGCAGAGAUUAACAUACAACGUCAAAAUUUUCAAUUCUGGUGCCAAUAUAGAUGAAUUAAUUACCUUCCUGAUAGAUCAUAUUCAGUCUUCUGAAGAUGAGUUAACAAUGCCUUGUCUAGGAUUAUUGGCAAAUCUUUGUCGUUACAAUCUUUCUGUUCAAACAUACAUAAAGACAUUGAAUAAUGUGAAAUCUUUUUAUCGAACUCUUAUAAGCUUCCUGGCCCAUAGUAGUUUAACUGUGGUUGUGUUUGCACUUUCAAUAUUAUCCAGUUUGACAUUAAAUGAAGAGGUUGGGGAAAAGCUGUUCCAUGCUCGAAACAUUCAUCAAACUUUUCAGCUAAUAUUUAAUAUUCUCAUAAAUGGUGAUGGCACACUAACUAGAAAGUAUUCAGUUGAUUUAUUGAUGGAUCUCCUUAAGAAUCCUAAAAUUGCUGAUUAUCUUACCAGGUAUGAGCACUUUUCUUCAUGUCUUAGUCAAGUAUUAGGUCUUCUCAAUGGAAAGGAUCCUGAUUCUUCUUCAAAGGUUUUAGAAUUACUUCUUGCCUUCUGUUCAGUGACUCAGCUGCGCCACGUGCUCACUCAGAUGAUAUUUGAACAGUCUCCAUCUGGCAACACCAUUCUGGGAAGCCGUUCUAAAUGUUUAGAACCUACUGUGGCUCUACUGCGUUGGUCAAACCAACCUCUGGACAGAUCAGAAAACUGUUCUCUUCUAGCCUUAGAGUUGUUCAAGGAAAUAUUUGAGGAUGUUGCAGAUACUGCUAACUGUUCCUCAACUGACCGUUUUGUGAGCCUUCUGCUGCCUACAAUCCUUGACCAACUUCAGUUCACAGAAAAAAAUCUAGAUGAAGCCUUAUUAAAAAAAAAAUGUGAAAGGAUGGUCAAGGCCACUGAAGUUUUGUUAACUCUUUGUGGAGAUGAUACUCUAAAACUGCAUGUUGCAAAAACUCUGACUACUAUCAAAUGUACCACUCUGAUAGAACAACAGUUUACGUAUGGCAAGAUUGAUUUAGGGUUUGGAACAAAGGUAGCAGAUUCUGAAUUGUGCAAACUUGCUGCUGAUGUAGUUUUGAAAACCCUUGAUUUGAUGAAUAAACUUAAGCAGUUGGUUCCUGGUAUGGAAGUAAGCUUCUAUAAAAUCCUUCAGGAUCCACGCCUGAUUACUCCCUUGGCUUUUGCUUUAACAUCAGAUAAUAGAGAACAAGUACAGUCUGGAUUGGGAAUAUUAUUGGAAGCUGCUCCACUGCCAGAUUUUCCUGCAUUAGUACUUGGAGAAAGUAUAGCAGCCAACAAUGCUUACAGACAGCAGGAAACAGAACAUAUGCCCAGGAGAAUGCCUUUGCAAUCACUAAAUCACAGUCUUCCAACAUCUGCAAAAUGUUUAACUCCUCCACUUUUAAAAGCUAGAGUUCCUGGAUUGAACAUUGAGGAAUUAAUAGAGAAACUUCAGGCUGGAAUGGUGGUAAAGGAUCAAAUUAAUGAUGUGAGAAUAUCUGACAUAAUGGAUGUAUAUGAGAUGAAACUGUCCACAUUAGCCUCCAAAGAAAGCAGACUACAAGAUCUUUUGGAAGCAAAAGCUCUAGCCCUUGCACAGGCUGAUAGACUGAUUGCUCAAUAUCGCUGUCAAAGAACUCAAGCUGAGACGGAGGCACGGACACUUGCUGGUAUGUUGAGAGAAGUUGAAAGAAAAAAUGAAGAGCUUGGUGUGUUAUUGAAGGCACAGCAGGUUGAAUCAGAAAGAGCACAGAGUGAUAUUGAGCAUCUCUUCCAACAUAAUAGGAAAUUAGAGUCUGUGGCCGAAGAACAUGAAAUACUGACAAAAUCCUACAUGGAACUUGUUCAGAGGAAUGAAGCCACUGAAAAGAAGAAUAAAGAUUUACAGACCACGUGUGAUUCUCUGAAUAAACAAAUUGAGACGGUGAAAAAGUUAAAUGAAUCAUUCAAGCAACAAAAUGAAAAAACUAUUGCCCAAUUAUUAGAGAAAGAAGAACAGAGAAAAGAAAUACAGAACCAACUUGUAGACAGAGAAUGUAAGCUAGCAAAUUUGCAACAAAAAACAAAAUUGCAAGAAGAAAAGAUUAAAAUCUUGCAGAAAGAAAGGGAAGAUAAGGAAGAAACCAUUGAUAUCCUUAGAAAGGAAAUAAACAGAACAGAACAAAUAAGAAAAGAAUUGAGCAUUAAGGCUUCCUCCCUAGAGGUUCAGAAGGCCCAAUUAGAAGGUCGAUUGGAAGAGAAAGAGUCGCUGGUGAAACUUCAGCAAGAGGAGUUGAACAAACACUCUCAUAUGAUAGCAAUGAUCCACAGCUUAAGUGGAGGAAAAAUAAGUCCAGAAACUGUGAAUCUCAGUAUAUAGACAUUGUGUAUUUAUCUUCCAGGGGAGGUGUGGUAGGGAAGGUAAUUUGUGACUCCGGAACAAUAGCCAAUUAUUAUCUAAUUAUUAAUUUAGUAAAGAACCUGAUCUGAUAAAUAUUUUUAUUUGGUCUUAAAAGUUUUACUUCUUGUUUCUGGCUUUUAUUGCUUAAAGCUUCUUUGGUUCUUCUAUUAGAAUGUUCUUCUU